GCGGCGGCAGCGGCCGGAGGCCGGGGAGGCGGCAUUGGCGGAGCUGGGAGGCGGCCCCGGCGCAGGAUUUUUCAUUUCCAGGGCGUGGCUGGAUGGAGGAGGAGGAAAAGCCCCAGAGAUCCUGCAGGAGGAGGGGCUGCAAACCCAGCCCAGGGAGCUGCGGGGAGGAAAGAGCCCCCCUGAGCCAGGAAGGCUGCUGGAGAUCCAGCCGGGGCUCAGAGCUGGUGGAGAAGGCUCAUGGCAGGGAGAAGCCGCACAAGUGCUUGGAAUGUGGGCAGGGCUUCAGCCAGAGCUCCCACCUGAUCCAGCACCAGAGGAUCCACACUGGGGAACGGCCCUACGAGUGCUUGGAAUGUGGGAAGGGGUUCAGCCAGAGCUCCAACCUGAUCCGGCACCAGAGGAUCCACACUGGGGAACGGCCCUACGAGUGCUUGGAAUGUGGGAAGGGUUUCAGCCAGAGCUCCAGCCUGAUCCAGCACCAGGUGAUCCACACUGGGGAACGGCCCUACCAGUGCUUUGAAUGUGGGCAGGGUUUCAGCCAUCUCUCCAACCUGAUCCGGCACCAGGGGAUCCACUCUAGGGAACGGCCCUAUGAGUGUGAGGAGUGUGGGAAGAGCUUCAGAGACCGCUCUAGCCUGAUCCAGCACCAGAGGAUCCACACUGGGGAACGGCCCUACGAGUGCUUGGAAUGUGGGCAGGGUUUCAGCCGGAGCUCCCACCUGAUCCGGCACCAGCGCAUCCACUCUGGGGAACGGCCCUAUGAGUGUGGAGAGUGUGGGAAAAGCUUCAGAAACAGCUCUGAACUGAUCCGGCACCAGGUGAUCCACACUGGGGAACGGCCCUACACCUGCUUGGAAUGUGGGAAGAGCUUUGGGCGGAGCUCAGACCUGAGAACCCACCAGCGCAUCCACACUGGGGAGAGGCCCUAUGAGUGUCCCCAGUGUGGGAAGAGGUUUCAGACUAGCUCCAGUCUCCUCCUACAUGAGCGGAUUCACACAGAUGAGAGGCCCUUCCGCUGCCCCAGCUGCGGGAAGGGCUUCAAGCGAAACUCCAGCCUCACCAUCCACCGGCGCAUCCACAGUGGGGAGAGGCCCUAUGAGUGUGGAGAGUGUGGGAAGAGCUUCUCACAGAGCUCAAACUUGACCCAACACCAACAGAGGCACCACCAAGGGAAGCCCUGUGAGUGCCCCAAGCGAGGGAAGAGCUUGGAGUGAGGGAAGAGCUUCGUGCGCUGCUCCAGCUCCAUCCCCCAUGGGAGGCUCUGGGCUGGAUGAUCCCCAGUGACCCCUGUUGGGCAGAGCCCUGGUGAUCCGUUGUCCUGGUGAUCCCCGUUGGGUGGGGGGAAGGUGUUGGCUUCUUGUGCUGCUGUGAU